UUCUGGAGAGACGGAUGCUUGCAGUCUGAGCUGAUACAGUUUCACAUCAACAAAAGCCUGAAAAACAACGGUGGCAAGAUGCAUACAAAGACGACCGGCUCUCCGGUUGCGGAACCAGAACAGUUGCCAGUAGCUGUCGAAGCUGUGCCGGUCCCCCAGCCGAAUCAAGAAAUGCAGGAUGAAAUUGAAAGACUGGAAGACGAAAAUGACGAUCUCAAGACUGAAAUUGAAGAGAUGCGGGCGGAGAUGGACGAGAUGCGGGACACAUUCUACGAAGAAGACGCCUGCCAGCUCCAGGACAUGAGACGCGAGAUGGAGAGAGCCAAUAAAAACUGCCGGAUCCUCCAGUACCGUUUGCGGAAGGCGGAGAGAAAGCGGAUGCGUUACGCACAGACCGGUGAAAUAGAUGGCGAUCUACUGAGGAGCCUGGAGCAGGACUUAAAGGUGGCGAAGGAUGUGUCUGUGAGACUGCACAAUGAGCUGGAGAAUGUGGAGGAGAAGAGGACCAAGACGGAGGAGGAGAAUGAGCGCCUAAGGCAGCAGCUGAUUGAAGUGCAAGUCACCAAGCAGGCCUUACAGAACGAACUGGACAAAGCCAAAGAGCUGAAACGAGGGAAAGGGGCUAAAGAUGGCCAGAGGGCUGACAAGAAGGCUCCCCAGACCCCAUCGGAGGAGGAGAACGACGACCUGAAGUGCCAGCUGGCCUUCAUCAAGGAGGAGGCGGUGCUGAUGAGGAAGAAGAUGGCCAAGAUCGACAAGGAGAAGGACCGCCUGGAGCAGGAGCUGCAGAAGUACCGCUCCUUCUACGGCGACGUGGACAGCCCGCUGCCCAAAGGCGAGGCCGGCGGCCCGCCCACCACGCGCGAGUCGGAGCUGAAACUGCGCCUGCGCCUGGUGGAGGAGGAGGCCAACAUCCUGGGCCGCAAGAUCGUGGAGCUGGAGGUGGAGAACCGCGGCCUGAAGGCGGAGCUGGAGAACAUGCGCGGGGAGGAGCUGGGGCUGGGCGCGGGCGGGCUGGCCAGCGACCCCGUGGCCCGGCAGCAGAGCGAGGCGCUCUCCGACAUGCGGCAGCAGCUGCAGCUGGUGGAGGACGAGGCCGAGCUGCUGCGGCGCAACCUGGCCGACAUGGAGGAGCAGAACCAGCGCGUCACCACCGAGCUCAACAAGCUCAAGUACAAGGCGGCCGCUGGGGCUCACGAUGGCUCCUCCCGCCACGGAGGAGGAGGAGGAGGAGGAGGUGCGGAUGCGGCCAAGGUGGAGGCCCUGCAGGAGGAGCUGAAGUCGGCGCGUCUGCAGAUCAACGAGCUGAGCGGCAAGGUGAUGCAGCUGCAGUACGAGAACCGCGUGCUGCUGUCCAACAUGCAGCGCUACGACCUGGCGUCCCACCUGGCCAUGCGCGCCAGCCCGCGCGACAGCGACGCCGACAGCGACAGCGGGCGCCGCGAGAGCGACGACGACUCGACGUCCCGGCUGCCUCCGCACCGCAAGCGCGAGGGCCCCAUCGGUGGCGAGAGCGAUUCCGAGGAGGUGUUGCGCGGCGGCGGUGUCGGCGGCAACAUCCGCUGCCUGACGCCCACACGCUCCCUCUACUCGCCGGCCGCCGACGCGCGUUUUUUAUCCCGCAGCCUCAAGGACCGCCAGCAGAUGAUGGACAUCCGCGUGGAGGCGGAGAGGCUCGGCAGGACCAUCGACCGCCUCAUCGCCGACACCAGCACCAUCAUCGCUGAGGCGCGCGUCUAUGUGACCAACGGCGAGCUGUUCGGACGCAUGGUGGACGAGGAGGACGAGGGCGGCCGCAUACGAGAGCACGAGCUGCUCUACCGCAUCAACGCCCAGAUGAAGGCCUUCCGCAAGGAGCUGCAGAACUUCAUCGACCGCCUGGAGGUGCCCAAGCCAGAGGACAGGGAGACCGAGGAGCCGCUCUCGAUGUGGAAUGCGUUUGGAAGUGGGUCAGGGUUGCUUGGAGGCAGCGGCAGUGGAUAUGUGGGCAAAGCCCAAGGUUGGGAAUUCGUCCCGUGCUCCUCCAGCAGGCUGGAGAGGGAACGGGGCAGGGGCAAGAGCCGCAGUCCGCUCAGGACUCUUUCAUCGCCCAUUCCUGUGGGUCAUUUUUACGAACAGCACAUACCUGGACUUGGAGCGGCCGCGGCGGCAUCCGAAUCAACCCGGGGGCUGGCCCCCCGGAACGAGUUGCAGACGCAACAGCACUCUCGCCUGAAAAAGAAAAUUGACGACUUAAAAAAGCGCCAUGGACAUGACAGAGAAGAAUGGAUGAGGGAGAAGGAAGUGCUUUUGAGACAAAUGGCCGAUAUACAAGGAGGGGAAAACAGAAGGAUUUUGCUGGAUCUGAAGUCGAUAUUGGAUGACGUUCAGCUGGAAGUGAAGAGAGAAGAAACGAAAAGGAGCGAGCUGCAGCUGCAGUACAUGAAGGACCGAUGUGCAUGGGAACUGGAAAGAGCAGAGCUGAAAUGUCGUAUUGCCCAGUUGGAGGUUAGGGAGCGAGGUGGCACUGGCACGGCAACGGCAGCAGAGGCGACAGCGAUGGCGGCGACGGGGAAGGUGAGCGAGGAGCAGGCCGGCGCAGGGGCAGGGGCAGGAGGAGGAGGAGGAGGAGGCACGCUGAGGAGGGAGCAGCAGGAGCAGCGGCGGCUGCUGGCAGACACGCACACCGUGGCCAUGGACCUGCGCUGCCGCAUGGAGCACAGCGAGCGCGGCUGGGUACGCGAGCGGUCCGAGCUGCUGGAGCGAUUCGACCUGGAGAGGAAGGAAUGGGAGAGCCAGCUGAGGGACAUGCAGAGGAAGAUCGAGGAGCUGUACAGCGAGGUGAAAGGUCGUCGGGAGAUGUCGUCGGGUGACGUGGGUCCGAGCGCCGACGCCCAGAGCUGUUCAGCGCGCCUCAGCCUGCACUCAGCCAGCACCGGCUCCAGCCUCCUCACCGACCAAUCAGACGCCCGCAGCAGCAGCCUGUCCGACUGCACGCGCCGGCACAGCCAGAGCCACAGGCACAGCCAGAGUCACAGCCAGAGUAGUGUGGGUGGGGGUGGGAGUGGAGGUGGGGGUGGAGACUUGUCAAGUCGUCUUAGCAACAGCCGCAUCAACAACAGCAGUAGCAGCAGCGGUGGCAGCAUCAGCCGAGGAGACGGAGCGGGGACGCAUGUCGGCCUUCACAGCAGUGGCAGCAGCAGCAGCCGCGAGGAUAGAGUCGGAACAAGGAGCAGCGGAGCCAUCAGCGGUGGUGGCAGCAGCAGUCGAGAUGAUAGAGCGGGGACACGGAGUAGCGUGGCAUUCAGCGAGGCCAAGGCUGAGCUGCCUCCUCCUCUAGCUCCCACCCCUAACCCCACCCCCAGCGCUGGCGGGGGGAUGAACAUGAACAUGGACAUGGACAUCGACACGGCUGAGCUGGAGAACAUCCUGCAGAGCUGCCUGGGGACGAAGCUGGAGAGGCACCCCUCCCUGGCUGGCCAGGAGAGCCUGCUGAACCCCUUCAACGACCUGCAGAGCAUGGACAUACGCUGCGGCACGGACAAGAGGAACAAGAAGAACGCCAUAGCCUUGAACGCUGCUCUCAAUGAAAUAGCCAGAGUGAGUGAAGAGUUGUGCAGCUAUCAGGAUGAGAUCAGAUGGAAGUCUGACAACAAAAGAGGCCAUGCUGAAUCACUCUACUUCCCAGACGAGCUGGAGAGAAUAGAGAAUGAGAGGAAUGCAAAGGAAAUGGAGGAGACUUUCUUCAGCCUGAAGCGGUGGUGCAAGGAGCUGCAGGAUAUCGAUGAGCAGAAUUGGAUCAGUCCGAGAGCCGGAAUCAAGGACGUAGACAAGGUCAUCGCGGAGGAGCCCGAGAUCAUCAGUCCUCCGAUGCAGCAGUCGCCCGAAGCCCCGCCCGUCCCACCCCGCAGCACAUCCUGGUACAUGAACAGCCCUCCUCCAAUCGAACCCGAGUUCAGCGUUACGGAACCCCGCAUUGAGAGGGGGCGGGAGGUGCAGGGGAAGUGCAACAGCCCCUCCAUAGUGCGCCGGUUCGAGGCCAUGCUGCAGGAGAACGAGGGCAAGGUGCUAACGCCCGGCGGCAUCAUGCCCUGCCCACUGGCCGUGGACUCCAAGUGCAACAUCGGCUGCUGCCACAGCCGGUGGUCCUGCGACGGAAGCAAGUUUGGCAGCAGCAAGUCGUCCACGUACGUGCCUGUCCAGAAAUGCCUGUCAGAGCUGACUAUACCAACAACGGGAAUGGAUUACCAACAGGACCUCAGAGUAGCAGCAGCACCGGUAGCACCGGGGGCCCAGAAGCCCCCAGUGGGACACCCCCUUAGUCCCCUGUGCCCAGAUCUGCCCCUGAAGGACGCCCAUUUGGACGCCAGAGUGCCGACGUUAGAUCUACUCCACACCCAAGACAGAGCCGCCACCCCCCGCAGGAACACGACGCUGGAGCAGAAGACUGCCGAGUUCAACCGCACCCUUUUCCAGGCCGAGAUGGGCCGCGGUUUCAACGACCAGGGAGACGACGACGAUGACGACGACGACGACCCCGAUGACAUGUCCUCCUUGAGUCCGGAACCACAGCAGCCACAGCUCAGUCCUCCUAUUGACGUGAAUGUUGACAUUCUGACGUCCCCGUAUGCCGACAUGGACACGGUCAAACCUGAAAGCAGGUCAAUGGCGAAGCGUGGAGUGGAGCCCAAGUACUCCACGUCCGGCUACAUGGAGGAGGAGCUGGAGAGGGUUUCGUUCAAUCUUGCGUCGCCGUACCACCACGGGGCCUCCCUCAGGCAGGUGGCACCCGAGCUCAUACCCCAGCAUCCGGUCGUCAGGGUCCGCAACAUGAUUCACCCCUCCGUACGAAACCUGCCCGAUUGCAGACCCCGGGCCAACACAGGGCCCGACCGCCAGACGGAGUACAUGCGGGAAAGAGAAGCCUCUCUUCUCCUCUCUUCUCAGCAGAGUGCAGCGGUCUCCGUAACGCAGCAUGGUGGCGUGACCGUGACCGUCACUCCCAUCCAGUCUAGAAACAAGAACGAGCCAUCCAGUAUUGCCACCUCUGCUGCAGCACCGUCCGAGACCAGGCCAAGGCAGGCGGAGGGCACCACCACCACCACCACCACCACCACCACCAGGCCAGAGGUGUCCAAGACCAGGUCGCGGAUCUUCAACGAGAACCCCUGGAAGCCCACCACCCUGGCGGCGUACCCCCGGCCGGCCGAGUCCCGCUCCAACUACGGCGCCAUCGAGAGGAUUCUGAAGAGCUACGAGAGCUCGUCCCAGAGCCAGACCCAGACCCAGAGCCCGCUGCCCCCGAGUCAGACGCCGUCUGCCUCGCCCAGCCCCGCCGGCACCGCAGGGAGGGAGGACGACCUGAUCCAGCUCAUGGACAUGCUGGAAGUGGAGCACCACACCAGGUGCGGUCAGAGACUCACACACACAACAACAACAACAACAACAACUACAACAGCAACUACGCAAAGGCAGGCAACUACGCACAAAGAGACACAUGUGACAGUACAGAAAGGCAAAGAGCCCGGCGUGAGCUCCUCCAGGAGGAGUUUCUCGCGGCCUGCAUGCCCCGCCAAUCGACGCCUCCCCUCUCGCUGGGCGAGCAGCCGCUCCCCCUCCGCCUCCUCCACCACCUCCUCCUCCUCCACCUCCUCCUCUCCCAUCACCCAGUUAGCGCACGGCUCCGGCUCCGGCUCCAUCUCUGGCUCCCGCUCCACGCAGCAGAGGCAGAGCUUCUCCUACGCCGCCUUCCACACCGAGACCAUCAUCAUCUGAUACCUACUGUGCACCUACAGCAGUGAUGGGCAACCUGGUUACAGACCAGUGCCACAUAUUCUGAUGCCUCUUUUCCACUGCCGGUUUUCUGGUAGGCCUACAGCUCGACAAAUAACGUCUCGGCCGCCAUUUUUUGCUUUUCGAAUAGGCACAACACAGCUCAAUCGUACAGCAAAAAGUGGCGGCCGAGGUGCGCUGUGUCGAGCUGUAGGCCUACCAAAGCAGGCAGUGGAAAAGACCCAUAAAUGACCUGGCUUUACCUACACCUAAAGCAGUGAUGGGCAACCUGGAUUCAUCAGUUACAGUCCAGUGCCACAUAUACUAAAUUACCUGGCCAGAGAUAUUCUAUAGAGAUAUGCCAACAUAAUAGGUUUCUAUGGGCACCUAA